UGCAUUGGCCGAGCUCUGCGCCUCCCAGCACUAAAAUGCUCGAAACAGACGUUCCCUCCGCAAGCAACUACCGCGGUCCCAUUACUUACAUCCUUACCCGCCGCUGCAGAGAGAGCGAGGUGCGACCUGCCUUCUGCCGCGGAGAGCGAGAAGCCGCCAAGCGCCUCGGCCGUCCGCCCCUUCGAACGAAGGCGGGGCCGCCGGCAGGAGCACCGCCCUCAGCGGCUUCAGCCGGGAGCCCAGCGCGCGCAGGAGGCGAGCCCGGCCGCCUGCUGUGGCGUAACGCGCUUCCUCUCUCUUGCAAGUUUGACAGGAGUUCCGACGGGGCUUUUUUUCGCCUCAGGUCCGUGGAGGAGGGAACAGCCGCCGCUCACGCCGCCAACUCCAGCCGGGGCUACUCUCGCCUGGAUCACUCCCCCGCCCACUCGCCAGAGAGGCAAGGAAGCCGAUCUCGACCCGGCGACCAGCUCUUCUCAGAGCAUGUCGGAAUCCAGAGCCCAGACAACGGCGGCGGACAAGGAGUCUUCCAACCUGGUGGCCCAGCUGUUUGGGGGGAUACGUUGGGGCCGCCUGGAGGAGCCCCUGGGAUUCAUUAAGGUGCUGGAGUGGCUCUUUGCCAUUUUUGCCUUUGGAGCCUGUGGUUCUUUCAGUGCAGAAACAGGGGCUACCGUGAAAUGCACCAAGCCCCCUAAGGAGACAACUGCUAUUACUGUGCAGUUUGGAUAUCCUUUCAGGUUGUAUAAAAUCCCAUUUGAUAUGCCAGAUUGUAUCGAAGGAUCAACUGCUAAAAGAGUGCUGCAUCUCAUGGGAGAUUUUUCUGCACCAGCUGAAUUCUUCGUGACCUUGGGUGUUUUUACUUUUCUAUAUACUAUGGCAGCUCUUGCAGUAUAUCUACGAUUUCACUCCCUCUAUAAAGAGAAUAAGAAGCUACCUUUUGCGGACUUCUGUGUGUCUGUCUCAUUUGCCUUCUUUUGGCUAGUGGCAUUUUCAGCUUGGGGCAAAGGUCUAUCAGAUGUGAAAGGAGCAACACGGCCUUCUAGCCUUAUUGCAGCCAUGUCUGUGUGUCAGUUCAAAAACGCAGUGUGCAAUGCUGGGGCCACUCCUUCUAUGGGUUUGGCCAACAUCUCUGUGCUGUUUGGUUUUGUCAACUUUAUACUCUGGGCUGGAAAUUGCUGGUUUGUUUUUAAGGAAACCCCGUGGCAUGCACAGACCACCAAUAAGGAAAGUUCUGCUGAACAAGGGGCUGUUGAUAAGCAGUAAGGAAACCCCACCCCAUUGAAGCCUUCGUCCCCCCACCUUUCCCAAAUCAAGAACAUGCAUCCCAUUGUGCCUCCGUGCAGAAAAGAUGUCUCCUCUGCCAUUUUUGCUACUGUUCAGCAGUCAUAUUGGCUUCCCUUUGUGACUGAAAUGGGAGGCCUCUCUCCAGCUGCAAUUGUUGGUUCUCUAGUGGUCAUAGAAACACAGACUGUUCAUAGUUACAACAAAACUCUUCUUUAUUUGGAUUUUUUUAUAAGCAUACGCUACUGUACAUUUUCACAUUAGUCACCUAUCUUAGGACGUAUGGCAAUAUGUCUUUACUGAUGACUUUUAUCAUUUUUUUUAAAAAAUGAAGCCAGUAGAGUUGAAUAUGAACAUAGAAAAAACCAAAUAAUUAGAACCACAGAACGUGGAAUAUCUAAGUGCCUUAAGGAGAACAUAUGUCUGCUUUGUAGCUAUAAUAUGGUAGAUGUAGAAACAGUAACCUGCCACUUAGCUGAGCAGCAAAAUAAAAUAAAAACAAUAUUUUUUUACCUUUUACAUUUGAAGGCAGGAAGAAGUGUGUUACAUUUCUCAUUUUGUAUUACAGAGUAUACAUAUUCUAAACAUAUUUUUGCUUUCAUUAAAUAUAAUUGAUUACAACUUAAGAUACUGUUUGCACACAGGUGUCUUGUUCAGACUUGCGUGGCAAAUAUGGGAAAGGAUUUUCUUAAACAAAUUGAAAUAAGAGAAAAUCCUCAUUGUUCAUUUCGAGCCACAAAGGAUAAUCCUUGCCAAUGUGAGCUGGUUUUGCUAUCCCUAGAUUGCACACAAAUAUUGACCAUCCAGAAGUAGCUUUCGUUGGAAUAGUUUCAGCGCUCUAGAAUUUGACAUCUGUUUUAAAAUCUUCCUGAAAUUUUAUUUUAUUUUAAAACAUUUCACCAUAUGAACUUUUUUGAGAAUGCAAGCGAAUUCCAUUCACCUGAAUUUAAGACAGCCCAAGCUUGGCUGAGAAACAUGCAGAGUGCAGAUGGAUUUUUUUUUAAUAACUUAUGAUAUUGUUCAAAAUCUUUGUCUCAUAACUUAGCAAUGGCCUUCAGAUCCUCUGUAAUGGAAGUUGUUAAUGCUUCCUUUUUGGAAUUGACUAUCAGUCGACUAAUGUAUACUAAUUCAUAUCUCAAUUUUAACUCCCAUUUGGCCGCAAUUAGCAACACCCUUCUGCUGGCUUAUGUCUGUGGAGAUUUUCAGUCAUCCAGGUCAUGGUUGUCCCAAAGGUGUUUUUUCACGAGGCAACUGGACUUUCUUGUUUUUCUUUGAAGACAUUUUGCUUCUCACCCAAGAAGCUUCAUCUUCAAACAAAAACAAGAAAGUCCAGUUGCCUCUUGAAAAAGCAUCUUUGGGACAUUUGAUGGUGAGAUGAGCCACCCUAAUCAUCCAAGUUGCUAUGAGAAAUUCUUAAGGAAGCGUUUAGCAUCUCUGGAUGUUUCUUAGGUAAAGAACAAGACUGCCAGAAAUUAAGAGUAGUAUAAUAAAUCAACCUUUUCCUUUCCUCCAUCUUUUUUAUUAGAAACAACUUGCUUUUGAGAAUAUCAACUAUUCUCAAGCUAUUUCCACUGCUCAAUCCUUAAAUCUCUUAUUCCAUAGACCUACACUUAAGUGGGGGGAGGGAAUAACUUUUAGGAAGGUGGGGGAUGCCAGAGUAUGGAAGGAUGAGUAUUUUCUCUGUUGAAUUAAGUCUAUUAUAUCAGAUUUUGUUUGGUCUUGGAUUUUCCCUUAUUUCCACAUCUUCUUUUAUCAGCAAACGGAGAAGAAAUCUUAAUAUUACUAAUACUGGUGCUUUGUUAGGUGUGGGACCUUCAUAUUAAGCAGGCGUCCUUUGUAUUUUUUGUAAACUUCAUUUUCUUCCUGAAUUUUUAUUUCUGAUAUUUCUUCACCACAAUAAUAGUUUUUAGGAAAUCCU